AUGACUACUGAAGAUUACGAAGAAUCAAGUCCUGAAACUUCAAUAUCCAAGUACGUAUUCAAAUCAAAACUUGAACAAUUUUACUGUGACGAUGAAGUUAUUUAUACUCGCAAACCUGAAGGGAAAUAUUGUAAAUGCCUAACAUAUAACAAUAUAAGUAAUUAUUUUAUUAUAACUAGUGAUGAUGGAUUUGCUUUAUUUAAGAAAUUUAGAGGUAAAUAG